GGAUCUUAGUUGCAACAAUCUGGUAGGUGAAUUACAUCCCAACAGCACUAUCUUUCAACUUAGACACCUUCAACAACUCAACUUGGCUUUUAAUGACUUUUCCAUGUCUUCAUUGCAAGUUGGUGUUAGUGAUCUAGUUAAUCUCAGAUAUAUAAAUCUAUCGUACUCUAAUCUCAUGGGUAAUACUCCUUCCACCAUCUCUCAUUUGUCAAAAUUAGUAUCACUUGAUCUUAUCACAAAUGACAUGGAACUCAAUCCAUUCACAUGGAAGAAACCCAUUCUUAAUGCUACCAAUUUGAGGGAGCUUUAUCUAGAUAGUGUGAAUAUGAGUUCAAUAAGAGAGAACUCUUUGUCUAUGAUAAAUAAUUUGUCAUCCUCUUUGGUUUCUCUUAGUCUGUCAUACACUGGGAUGCAAGGAAAUUUGUCAAGUGACAUCCUCUCUUUACCUAAUCUUCAAAAACUAAAUUUGUUUGAUAAUUAUGAUCUUAGUGGUCAACUUCCAAAGUUCAAUUGGAGCACUCCUCUUAGGUACUUGGACCUCUCCUACAUUACUUUCUCAGGUGAAAUUCCUUAUUCCAUAGGUCACUUGAAGUCUCUUACUCACUUAAACCUUCGAGCCUGCAAUUUUAAUGGAAUGGUUCCUCCAUCUUUGUGGAACCUCACUCAACUCACAUUCUUAAACCUUGUCGCCAACAAUUUUGAGGGUAAGAUCUCAUCAUCACUUUCAAAACUUACAAAGCUCACUUUCUUAAAUCUUGGAGCUUCCUCUUUCCCAUGCCUCUCCAAUCUUAGUCUGUCUAUUACUUCCUUAUUCCUCACUUCACGUUUCCUUUUCUCACUUCUACGUUAUGUGCCCAGGAUGAAUAUGAUGUUGAUGGUGACGAUGAACACGUUUGCCGAUGAUAUCGUGAUAGUGACUGUGGAUAUUAGAGGUAUUUGGAUGAUAAAGUUUUUGAUUUUGGAUCAAAUCUCUGCUGUAUUAGAGAAACAACAUUAUUGUCCAAGAAAUAGGUAUAACCUAUAG